UCCCAAGCUCGCGGCGUCGCGGCAUGAUGUCAUUCAUCCUCACGCACUCACACACAUAACCCGUGUCGCGACCGCGCUGUUUACCAAGUGACCGAGUGUCUGUGAUUUAUUUAUUCUAAUAGUUAGUUAGAAUGGCCAAUAACCGCGCAGCCAAGUCUGGCUUUGCCGCCGAAGCUCAGCGUAAGAUCAACAGCAAAUACAGCGAAGAGCUCGCACAGGAAUGUCUGGAAUGGAUCCGGGCGAUCACCGGCGAGCCGGAGAACGUGUCCGGGGACAUGGACAACUUCUACGAAAUACUCAAGGACGGGACCCUGCUUUGCAAGCUAGUCAACAACAUCCAGCCCGGCCAAGUUAAGAAGAUCAACGAGUCAAAGAUGGCAUUCAAAUGCAUGGAGAACAUAAACGCCUUCCUGGAGGCGGCGAGACAACUCGGAGUACCUGCUCAGGAAACCUUCCAGACGGUCGACUUGUGGGAGCGACAGAACCUCAACUCCGUGGUGAUUUGCUUGCAGUCACUUGGCAGAAAGGCCCACAACUACGGCAAGCCGUCCAUCGGGCCCAAAGAGUCUGAGAAGAACGUGAGAAACUUCUCAGAAGAGCAGCUGAGGGCCGGUCAGGGGGUCAUAUCGCUACAGUACGGCUCCAACAAGGGCGCCACGCAGAGCGGCAUCAACUUCGGCAACACGAGGCAUAUGUAGGCAGUUAACAAGUUGUUUACAUGGUAAAACGAAUUAUUAAAAAAAGGUUAAUUUACUAAGUAUACAUGACUACUACAGUCCGAAAUAAUAUCAAAAGAUUACGGAGUCAAGAAAAUCUAAACCAACCUCUCUCGAAGUGCUUUCUCGGUUGCAUGCCAAAAGAGCCCGCAGAAUCUACUUGACCAGGCAUGAAGGAAAAAGCUGUAAAAGACACUUGAAAGGCCCAAAUGUCCAAAAAAACAUAUGUCAGCCUACUUAUUCCAAAAUUUGGCUUAGGCACUAUUAGGAAAGCGACUGCCUUAAAAUUAUCUUCCAACCCAUAGGGAAUAGGAGUUUUAAAUUAGCCUAAAACAAUGUUUAACAUAACAAACGUUUUACCAUAUAAACUCUGAACUAUUUAUAUCUAAAGGGUGAUUAGCAUGAAGACUCGGCCUCGUUAUUUUCCAUGGAACUCUGUACGUUACUAGAUUGAUACAUUUACAUACAUGACAAUCGUGUGUGUCAUGAUUAACACUAGGAAAUAGUGUUCUAAUUUUAAAUUCAUUUGCUAAGAACUUCUAGAAACACCACUGAGUUUCCGCACAAUCGAGCGGGGCUUAUGUGAAAAGUUUUCUUCGAACUUAUAUUCAAACUCAAGGGCGAUGGAAAAAUGCGAGCAUUAGUAACCUUAAAGCUAAUCAUCCUUUUAUACACCAUACAUACAAUUUAUAAUAUUAUAAUGUAACAAGACACAAAUUAAUUUCACUAGAGAUUUCAUUAAUUACUAGUUAGAUUAGUUAAAAUAUUGUCUUAGAAGACUUGACAGUAAUGACAGAGGACCAUUUUCGGCGUUCCUCCAAAAUCUCGAGUUUAGAAUCUCUGCGUGUUUUAAAACUGAAUUUUGGUUUCAAAUUGUCAUUUUAUUUUUUUAAGCGUUUUAUCAUUCCCGAGUCAUUCCAUUUUGUGGAUUAUUUUUAUACCAUAGGUGUAUUUGUUGAGAUCUUUUGUUAAAUCUGACUUAGUAUUAUACGAACUUAAGACAUUUUAAAAUUGGCUUAGCUUUUGACUUAAUAAAUUAAACAAUUUAGCAUUGUGCCAAUUUUAUUAUAUAUUAUUCCAUUUUGACGUAUCUGCUUAUCAUACAAUAACUCUGAAAGUGUCAUAAAUUGAAUUUUGCAUUUAUUAAAUGUGCCUUCUAGCUCCGAAGGAGCCAAAAUAUUUAAAAAGAUGUCUAUAAAAUUUUAAAAUUGACUUAUACGUAUAUCAGGGUUUCCUUGUUUAUUUAUUAAUUAUAUAAAGUAAUCAUUCCACAAUUUAGACGUAUUAAUAAGUACCUACAUUAGUACAUACUGUGAUUAAUAUUUUUUUAUGGACAUUCUUCUAUAUAUUUUCGUAUUGCGUACUGGAAGACGUUAGACUAAGUUUCAUCUUAACAAAAGUAGGUAUACUACAUUGCUGUAUGCAGUACGUGGAAUAAAUAAGUACUUAAAGUA